CUGUUCUAACUGCUUCCGUUGUGGCAACAGUUUUAUGGGUUAUUGUUCUUAUAGUAGCCUCGAUAAUGUUAGCAGCAGCAAAGUCGCAAGAUUCAGAAGCUCAGGCAUUGUUGGAGAGUGGGUGGUGGGAUGACUAUGUCAACAACACUGCAAAUCAUUGUAGCUGGCCUGGUGUAAAAUGCAACCACGAUGGAAGUGUCAUCGAGAUUAGCACUCCAUAUGAUUAUUAUUAUGAGGGAGAAACAUUAUCAAAGAUGAAUUUUUCUACCUUCCCCAAUCUUCUUCGGCUUGAUCUUAAUAACAGUUGGCUUAGCGGAAGCAUCCCUCCUAGUUUGGGUAAUCUGACCAAACUUAGAGAACUGUUUCUUGGAAGCAACCGACUCAAUGGAUCCAUUCCACCAGAAAUUGGGAAGCUACAUAAUGUGGUUACUUUGGAUCUUUCUAGCAACUCUCUUUCAGGUUCAAUCCCUCCUACUCUGUUUCAUCUAACCAGUUUGACCGAGUUGUAUCUUAAUUCAAAUAUUUUAGAAGGUCAUAUACCAGGAGAUAUUGGGAAUUUGCCAUCUUUGCAAUGUUUAUACCUCUCACAAAAUACAUUGAGUGGACCCAUCCCUAUUCAGCUUGGGAAUUGUACAAAUUUAGGGGUGUUGUCAUUGAGCAAGAACUCUUUAAGUGGAACCAUCCCCCUUCAGAUUAGCAAUCUCCAUAGCCUGUCACUAAUUGAUAUCAGCCAUAAUUCCAUAAGUGGAGAGAUACCUUUUCAACUUGGGAAUUUAUCAAGGUUGGAGACACUAGAUCUUAGUUACAAUAGUCUCUCAGGCUCCAUUCCAAAUCCGCUUCAUCUAACUUCUUUGAGUAGCUCGUAUCUUGAUUCAAAUCUUUUAGAAGGUCAUAUACCUGGUCAUAUUGAGAAUUUGAAAUCUUUUCAAUCUUUUAAAUAUGUAGACCUCUCCCAAAACCAAUUGAGUGGACCGAUUCCAACUCACAUCGGAAAUUGCAGCUUUUUAGUGGAGUUGUCAUUGAGCAACAACUCCUUAAGUGGGAGCAUUCCCAUUCAAAUAUGCAAUCUCCUUUUCCUCUCACGAAUUGAUAUCAGCCACAAUUCAAUUAGUGGCUCCAUCCCUGUCCAACUUAUGAGUUGCUCUGCAUUAACGGAGUUAGUAUUGAGCAACAACUACUUCAAUGGAAGCAUCCCCCUUGAGAUUGGCAAUCUCAAUCUUCUCUCACUAAUUAAUAUUAGCCACAAUUUCAUCAGUGGAGAGAUACCUCGUCAACUUGGGAAUUUAUUAUCUUUGAAGGCCUUAGAUCUCAGUUACAAUAACCUCUCAGGCCAAAUCCCAAUUAACUUGCUUCAUUUUCCAAAGAGGUCUUUCAUAGGAAAUAAGGAAUUAUAUGAUUACCAUCUUAGGAAUGAAAUGUUGAGGCAUGUUAAAAUUAUUCUUCCCAGCACCGUUUCUGUUGUCUUGGUACUUUUGGCUUUGUUGUUGCUUUCUAGAAGAAUACAUAGAGCUAAAAGUAGGGAAGCAUAUCCAAGUCCAACAAAAAAUGGGGAUAUAUUCUCAAUAUGGAACUUUGAUGGAAAGAUUGCAUAUGAAGAUGUCAUUGAAGCAACUGAGGAUUUUGACAUCAGAUAUUGCAUUGGCACUGGUGGGUAUGGCAGUGUUUAUAGAGCACAAUUGCCCAGUGGCCAAGUAAUUGCUUUAAAGAAACUGCAUCGAAAGGAAGCAGAGGAGCCGACCUUUGAUAAGAGCUUCAACAAUGAGGUAAAGAUGUUAACAGAAAUACGUCAUAGAAACAUUGUGAAACUUCAUGGAUUUUGCUUGCACAAGAGAUGCAUGUUUUUGAUCUAUGAAUACAUGGAAAGAGGAAGCUUGUUUUGUGUGCUAAGAAAUGAUGAUGAAGCUAUGGAGCUGGAUUGGAACAUAAGAGUGAAUGUCAUAAAAAACAUAGCGCAUGCUUUGUCUUACCUUCACCAUGAUUGCAUCCCACCCAUCCUUCAUCGGGACAUAUCAAGCAACAACAUUCUAUUGAACUCGAAAUUGGAGGCUCUUGUUGCUGAUUUUGGAAAUUCUAGGUUUUUGGAUCCUGAUUCAUCUAGUUAUACCGUACUUGCUGGCACUUAUGGUUAUAUUGCCCCAGAACUUGCCUAUACGAUUAUUGGGAGUGAGAAGAGUGAUGUUUAUAGCUUUGGAGUCGUGGCAUUAGAAGUACUGAUGGGAAGGCAUCCUGGAGAGCUAUUGACAUUGUCAUCAUCAACAUCAUAUUUGCAAAAUGUGAUGCUAAGUGAUAUAUUAGAUAUGCGUCUAUCCCCUCCAAGAAGUCGAAAUCUUACCCAGAAUAUUGUGUUUGCUGCUACAAUUGCAUUUGCUUGCUUGCGUGCAAAACCAAAGUCCAGGCCAACAAUGAAAUUUGUGUCUCAACAGUUCGUUGCCCAUCAAAGACCACUCUUGAAGCCUUUUCCAACUGUUUCUCUAUUGGAACUGGUGAAUAGUGAAUUGGAGAUGAAAAAUGAAAUAGAAUCUCAACCAAAAGUUUCAAGUUAUCCAGUCAAGUCUGAUGGUUCUUCUUCAAAUGAAAUUCUUGAUAUCUAAUUCUGGGAAUCAAAAGGCUACCUUGUUUUGAUAAGGGAUGGUCAACAAAAUAACUUCCUCCUUUGGUUAAUAAAAGAAGUACCCAUAAAGUAUGUCUAAUAAAUAUUUUACUUCUUA